AUAAAAUAGCAAUAAAAAUGUUGCUAUAUACAUUAAUUGGAGGUUACGUAUUAACAUCAAUGAUAUUAUUUAAAUAUCCUACGUUACUUCAUAAAAAGAAAAAAAUUAAAUUUAAUUGUCAUCAUAUUAGUCAUAGAGGUGGAGCUGGAGAAAAUUAUGAAAAUACCAUGUCCGCAUUUCGACGAGCAGUGGCUAUUGGUACUGAAAUGUUAGAAUUAGAUUGUCAUCUUACCAAAGAUGGUAAAGUGGUUGUGUCGCAUGAUCAAAAUCUAUUGCGUAGCACUGGUACCAAUAAGAACAUCUCAGAUUUAAAUUACAAAGAAUUGCCACCGUUGAAAACACGUCUUCCUAUAGAUUUUGAUCCAGACAUGGAAUUUAUCGGUUCUGCUAAUGAAAAUGAAAGACGUUUUCCUUUAUUGAGAGAAGUAUUCGAGGAAUUUCCAACUAUUCCUAUCAAUAUCGACAUAAAGAUAAACAACGAUGAACUUAUAAAACGUGUAUCUGAAUUAAUUAUUGAAUUUAAACGAGAAGAAUAUACAGUUUGGGGUAAUUUUAGUGAUGAGAUUACACGUAAAUGUUACAAAAUGAAUCCAAGUGUAAACCUAUUAUUUUCUAUGCGACGUGUUACGAUGCUAUUAUUUCUUCUAUACACUGGGUUGUUACCAUUUGUAUCAUUAAAGGAGACACAUUUAGAAAUAUUUUUACCUUCUAUUUAUUUACGACGCAAGAAUAGAUCAAACCCAACGAUCUUUCCAUUAGAAAAACUAGUUGUACGCACUAUCAAUUUACUGUUAAUGAGACCAUGCUUAUUUACACAUUUAAGAGCACGUGGAAUACAUGUAUACUUUUGGGUUUUAAACAAAGAUGAAGAAUUUAAGAAAGCGUUCGAUCUUGGAGCAACAGGAGUAAUGACAGAUUAUCCCACAAAAUUAAAGUUAUUUUUGGAUAAUUAUGCCUUAGAAUAAUAUUUCCUAAUUUCUAUAAUAGGUUUAUGAAAUUGAUAUAUCAACAAAUAUCUACUGAUUCGUAUUAGUGCAUCAAUAAUGUAUGUCUAAUUUUCUAUAAACAAAAGGAGCAGUAUUUUAAAUUUUGAAUUCUAUGCACUAAUACUAAUUUCAAAAAUUUAAUUAUACCUUGCGCAAAUGCAACCUGAACGCACUUUAAACCGCACAGCACAUUUUAAUGCCAACAUAACAAUUUAUAUAAAUUUAUAGGAGUAUUAUACAAUGCAUUUAUUUAAAAUUAAUAUUUCUUGCUAUUGCGUAUAAAAUUAAUAUAAUGCAUUUUUUAAUGUGUGCUGUAAUAAUAUUUAAGAACAAUAAGAAUAAUUACAAAUGUACAGUUUUAGAGUACCAAAUUAUCAAAUAGUAUAUAUAAUAAGUUGCACACUUUAAGUAAUUUAUUCUAAAUGCUUGGUAUACGUCAUAUAAAAAGUAUUUUUUUUAUUUAAAAUUCUUUAAUGUGCAUAUUUAUUUUUAACGAUUUCAUCUUGUUUAAGUUACGCAUAAAUAUCUAACAGCUAAUACAUGAUCGUAUCUUUAAUUAUACUUAAUAGAUGCUUCUUUCAAUACUAUCAGUAUUACUACGGUAGAUAAAAAUUAAACCAAAAAGUGAGUUUAUAAGUUGUUUGUCUUUAAUAAUGAUAUAUAAAUUUUAAAUUAUUGCUACUAUUUUAGAUACUUUUAAAUUUUCUAUAAGAGAAUUAUUUUUUGAGUCACUGUGAUCUCUAGUAACAUUGCGUUAAACACAGAUUAUUUUUUAUAUUAUAAAUCAUUAUAUCCGAACUCUGUGCUGGUGUAUGCCUUAAACAAUACGACAAGGGUAUUGCCUAUAAUAAUGGAAUUUAUGAAACCAAAUUUUAUAUGCAUAAAAAAUAUUAUAAUGUAUUUCAUCACAUUUGCCUAUUAUUGUUUAUAAUAGAAAAUGUGAACUUUAUAAAUAAUUAAGAAAAAAGAUAUGUAAUAUUAUACUGUGUACAAAAAUUCGUGUAUCUUUGUAAUUUACUAUUUGUAAAUAAAAUUUAUUUCUUAUAUCGGUA